AUGUUUAAGAUUGUGCUCCUUGGAUUGCUGGCUUCUGCCAGCGCAGCGCCUCAUCACUACAGCCACGGUCCGCCGUCACCGUUCCGGCACGGAGAUGAGGUGGGAUUAGGCGAUCGUUAUUUCAGCAAUGACAUCUUCGACACCAGAAGAUUCUGGAUGGAACUAUCCCGCGAAAUGGCUAUGUUUGAUCAAUUACUCGUCGAUUUCGCGAAGCGAUUCCCUAGCAGCGUAUCCAGUGAAGGCAUCGAUACUGAAACAAAUGAAUAUAAAGUUACCAUUCCAUUAGCUGGCUUCGAGGAAAAAGAUAUCAUUGUUAAAGCUCGUGAAGGUCUUCUUAUGGUGCAAGCAGUACAAAAACCUGAGGGCGGCAUUGAAAGAAGCUACCUUGACAUUAGAUCGCUUCCAAAUAUUGUGAAUGUGAAUGGCAGUUGGACAUUUAACGAGGGUGUUCUAAAAAUUGUCUUCCCCCUGCUGUCUAAACCAGAAACAGAGGAAACCACAACUAAAAUAACUACAGUAGUACCUGAGAUUUUCAAGCCGGAAAGUCGUGAAGAGAUUGAUAAUCAGAGCAACGAUAAUCGAGACGCAGAUGUUGGAGUCAACAGAGGUGAUACGGAUAAAGAAGUUGAAUUAAUGACCAAUGUGAUACCCAAAAGGCAGCCUGUGGAAGCGACUACAUACGCAGUAGAUCUAAAAGACGAAGUUGAGUUUGUGCCAGUGCGUUAUUAG